AUGGGUCGCAAAAAGAUCAGAAUUACACGCAUCCCUGAUGAUCGCAACAGAAGUGUUACGUAUCUCAAACGCAAAGCUGGAUUGAUGAAAAAAGCACACGAAUUGGCAGUGUUAACAGGAAGUGAAGUGGCGGUUAUCGUAUUUGGACAAAAUGGAAAAUUAUCCGAA